GUGGUACUUGAACUUCGGAUUUUUUGUGUGUGACAGAUUCAGCUUUCAAACGUGAGAGAGUUGUAGCUCAGAGCUUAAGUUAAAAUCAUAUAUUUCCCCCCACUUCAGGCGAAACGAUGCCCCGUUAUGAAGAAGUGAAUGUGCACGGAUAUGAUGAGUUCAAUAAGGCGGUGUCUGAGAGAAAGGGGAAGGAUAUUUUUGCAUAUUUUUCAGGCGAUAAAGACGCUGAGGGAAAAAGCUGGUGUCCAGAUUGUGUCAAAGCUGAGCCGGUUGUCAGAGGAGAGCUGACUCAUCUUCCUGAGGGCUCCGUCUUCAUCUACUGUCAGGUUGGAGAUAGACCUUAUUGGAAGGAUCCGAACAAUGAUUUCAAGAAGACCCUGAAGUUGACUGGAGUUCCCACCUUGCUGCGAUAUGGCACACCUCAGAAGCUGGUGGAGGACGAGUGCUUCAAACCAGAACUGGUGAAGAUGAUGUUCACUGAAGACUGAAUGGCUUUUUAAAUUGCUCAUAAAAAGCCAGCAUUUCCUCACUAAUUAACCGUUUACACUGUUUAAUUCAAGCACUUACGAAUCAUCCAGUUUUGACAGUGGUAUAAUUUAUUGCUGAUGAAUUAUCUGCUGCGCAUUAACAAAAAAGACAACCAGUCCGUAGUAUGCAGCUCUCCUGCUCAUCCUUUUAUUUCAAAGGAUGCCUUUGGCUCCCUGAUUUUUCUGUGCAAUCAACAAAUAAUGUGAUGCAUAUGAAAACACACAAACAAAGCUUUUGAUAUUGUUAUAAUUUUGCAUUGCCUUGCAAUUGAACUUGAAUAAAAGAACACUUGAUGUUGCACAAUUAAAUUGUAAUUUUAGGUGUCACUA